AGCCUUAAUUUGGGCUCAGAAGGAUCUCGGCAUCCGCAGCCAGAACAGGCGUGCCUUCAGAGAUGAACAGCACAGAAGACCCUCGCAUUUGUCACGUUGGUGGGAGCGGUUUGUGGCUUCCUGUCGGCGGCGAUUGGGAGGCAGGUUGGCCGACGCCGGUGAAGAUUUGCCUAUACCUCCUCGGCCUGCUCUACUGCUUCUUGGGAGUGGCAAUUAUCGCAGAUGUCUUCAUGUCUGCCAUCGAGCGGAUUACAUCCGUGAAGAAGCAGAUCACCAACAAGGAAGGCAAGAAGACCACCGUAAAGGUGUGGAACGACACAGUGGCGAACCUGACCUUGAUGGCUCUGGGCUCCAGUGCCCCUGAGAUCCUGCUCAGCAUCAUCGAGCUGGUGGGCGCCAACUUCUAUUCCGGCUCCCUGGGGGCCUCAACCAUUGUGGGGAGUGCCGCCUUCAACCUCCUGGGCAUCACUGGCGUGUGCAUCGCCGCGCUGCCUGAUGGGGAGCUCAAGAUCAUCAAGGACCGCACGGUGUUCGCAAUCACCGGGUUCUUCUCCGUCUUUGCGUACCUGUGGCUGCUGGUGAUUCUGCUCGCCUUCUCAGAGGACAUGGUGGAGCCCUGGGAGGGCAUUCUGACCUUCGCCUUCUUCCCCGUGCUGGUUCUGUUGUCGUACAUGGCGGACAUCGGCGUCUUCGGUAAGACUCGACUGCCGCAGUCACACGUGAUUUGGUCAGAGGUGACGCAGCAACAAGUGGCCGAGUUGAUGAUGCGAGUGCGCCGGGACUUUGGGGAAAACUUGAGCGAGGAGCAGGUGCUUGCGGCACUGCACUACGAGAGCAACAAGCAUCGCAGCCGCGCCAUGUACCGAGUCGCAGCAGUUCGCGAGAUGGCUGGCGGAAAGAAGGUGGUGGGUAUCAAUGACAAGAGCAGGCAGCAGCUGGAUGCCACAAAAAGCACCGUCCUGGCCAGCGUCAGCCUCAACAGAAUCGAGAAGCCGACGACCACCGUGCAGUUUGUAUCCUCCCAGUUUUCAGUGCUGGAGAGCGUGGGUAAGGCCAAGUUCGGGCUGGUGCGCAGCGGAGAGCUGUCGACUCCAGUGAACGUGCUGUGGCACACUCGCGCAGGGAACAAGGCCAGCAGCGCCAAGGCGGACAAAGAUUUCAAGAUGCAGGAGGGCAAUGUCACCUUCGAGGCCUUCGAAACAGAACAGGUAAUCGAGGUCGAGAUCAUCGAUGAUGACCAGUAUGAAGAAGACCAGGAGUUCUACAUCGACAUCGUCUCUGCCGUUUCCACCAGCGACAAGGUGAACGCCGUGGUCGGCGAGAAGAAGGAUGCGACCGUGGUCAUUGUGGAUGACGACCUGCCCGGCAUCCUCGCAUUUGUGGAGGAGGAAGUUUACAUAGAGGAAAGCCUCGAGAAGCAGCAACUUGAGCUGAAGGUCCAGCGCCGGAUGGGCGCAUCAGGAACGGUGUGUUGCAAAUACCGCACGGAGGACGGAUCUGCCAAAGCGGGUCACGACUACGAGAAGCUUUCGGGAGAUUUGGAGUUCAAGCCAGGCCAAAUGGAGGCCUUCCUGAAGGUGGACAUCAUGCCCAAGGGUCGAUACGAGAGCACUGAGAAGUUCCGACUGAUCCUGGAAGAGCCCACAGGAGGCACCAAGUUCGACUCGAGCACUGACGGUGGCCCGGACUCCUGCGUCUGCACGGUGGUGAUCUUGGCGGACAACAAGAACAAGCCGCUGGUGGACAAGGUCCUGGCGACGAUGUCCCCCAACUGGGACGAAGUGGCCCUGGGCAGCGCGGCAUGGAAGGAUCAGUUCAUAGAGGCGUGUUACUGCGGCGGCAGCAAAGAUGAGCAAUGCAAUGCCUCGUGGUUUGAGUUCGUGCUGCACGUGCUGUCUUUGCCCUGGAAGAUGAUCUUCGCGCUGGUGCCGCCCACAGAUUUCUGCGGCGGGUGGCUUUGCUUCUUCAUCGCACUCGCUAUGAUCGGGUGUGUGACCAUCAUCAUCGGGGACCUGGCGUCGCUUCUGGGCUGUUCCAUGGAGAUCUCGGACCUGCAGACGGCCAUUACGCUGGUGGCCAUGGGCACUUCUUUGCCCGACACCUUUGCGUCGAGGACGGCUGCCCGACAGGACGAGUACGCGGAUGCCAGCAUUGGAAAUGUUACUGGCAGCAACUCCGUGAACGUCUUCCUGGGCAUUGGCCUCCCGUGGAUGAUCGGGGCGAUUUAUUGGAAGUCGCAGGGUCCCACCGCGGAGUGGGUCACCAAGUACCCUGGGAUGCUGGCAAUCUAUCCGGACGGGGGCUUCAUCGUGCAGUCUGGUGGCCUCGCUUUCAGCGUGGCUGUCUUUUCUUGUUGCGCCGUCGUGUGCUUUGCAAUCCUCAUCUUCCGCCGCGCCAAGUUCGGUGGAGAGCUCGGGGGCACCAAGCCCAUGCAGUACUUGUCCUGGGGCGCUCUUGGAUGCCUAUGGGCUAUUUACAUCGUCCUCUCCAUUGUGUACGACGCGACAACGACGACAGCUUGAGGUUCGUAAGCAGCCUCUUCGUGAGCGUUCGUAUCACCACGGGCGGUCCUGGGCACUUUGCUCCAGCCCACGAUUAGCUCGCGCCAAGUUUGACAGCA